AGCGUUGCUAAAAUUAACAAGCAUAAUGUUUUUGGCAACCAGCCCAAAACGAUGUUCCUCUGUGGAAUGUUAAAGGAUGAGAUUCUGUUCAUUGUCCAGAAAACAAUCUUGUGCCCCGAUGUACACACAAUUGAAAGAGGUGGAACACAUGUUGCCAAGAAGACCUUCCCAUACGACGUGGGAGAAUUUGUUGAAUUUGACCAAGCAGACAAACUUUGCACACGAUUAUUAAACGUCGUAAAAGUUGUUUUUACAAAAAACAAGCAUGGAAACAUCCGGGUUAUUACAGCAUAUCCAACAAUGUGUAAGCAUAAAAUUUCCUUAUGAGCAUUUGACGCUGAUUAUGCAACUAUUCACUUUUUCAGUCGAAAGAUGUUAGUGAAGGGGGAUGCAUUUGUAUAAAUUUCUCGUUAUUAGAAUGAUCUGUGGUAUUCAAACUACCAGUUAAUUCCUAUAAAAGAAACUCACAUGAAAGGGCAACUAAUUAUCCUGUUCUCUUUUUCAUACACGUUCUGCAUGCAUUUUCAAUAUGUAGUUCAUAAAAACAAAUGCAGUCAAGCCAAAAGAAUAUUGAAUUCGUUAGUAUGGUCCUACUACCUAACAACCAAUUAGUAUUUUCUUAUAUUGUAAAUGGGAAAGCCACUUACUAGAUAGUUGCUCUAUUGAAGAAAAAUAUUGAAAGCAGUCAAAGUUGUGUUCUGACUCUGAGUUAAGGUAGUGCGACUAGGUCACGUUUUCUGCUCAUAUUUAGGGGAUAGGUCAACAGACUUUAAUCUUGUGGAGAGGAGUAGGUAAUAUUGUUUAAUACUGCCACUUUUCCAAACUCUCUUACCUACUCCUUCAAAUGUGCUUACUGACCAACCAAUUAAAAUUUUGAAAUGUUUUUCACCAGAACGGUUAAAAACCUACGAAAAAGUAAUAUUUUGAGUUCAGGAUAAAGAGUCCACUCAACAGCCGAAACCUUUUGGCCCAUUAAAUAAAAAAAUUUCUUUUAAACUUGCUAUUGCUUGACGCUUCUGAAAAAAGUUGACGCACCAUGAAAUCCAUUGAACAAUGUUACGCUUGUUGCAUUGUCUCGAAAGAACCUUGAAAAAUGUCCAGAUUGUGACCCUAAGGAGAUGUAUCAUUCUCCUGAUUGUCAGCAUAAAAUUUUCUCAGGGAUAAAAGUUCGAUGUCAAAUUACCUUUAUCCGUAUUUUAAUAAAUUUACCUUUAAUUGUGUCAAAUAUGAAGUUAUAUGAAAGUGACAAACAACCAAGUCGAACAUUAAGGUAUGACAAACGUACAAUUAAUAUAGUAAUACCUUCAAUCCUGGACCUAUGUUCGAGUACUCUGCUAAAGAAACAUUACGUCCUUCUUUAAAAUACAGACAUAGAGUUCUUUUUAAAUCAGCUAUAUUAAUUUUCUGUUUUUACUUUCCAGAAAUAAACUUUACUCUUGCAAGGGAUUUGAUUGACUAUGGUACUAAGAUGAACUAAGAUGAGCCAAGAUGAUCUUAUUUACACGAAUCUACAUUAGGCUACCAGUAAAGUCAAACUAUGCCAGAUUUCUUCUUAAUUAAUACGUAUUCCUUUUAAAUAUAUUAUUAUUCAUUCAAAAUAUUUCUCCAUUCUGAUUAGCCAAAAGCACAGGCAUAAUUCACCAUAACCAGUUACUGAUGACCAAACUUGGAAAAAUUUUGUGUUUAACUGGGAAAUGACGUCAAAAAUGCAGCCUUCUCAGGUUAAUGCACCGUUAACCAAGAAGACAUGGGGACCAGGUUGAGUUGUUUUCGUUGUGAAAACAAAAAUGGCAGACACUUCACUCGUUUCAAGAGUAAGAACUACAGCUGGAACUAGGCGAAAUAAUGGCUAAAAACAUAGCAAAAACAGCAAGAAGACAACUCGGAGGGCGAUAUCUGCUAUUUGGAGAAUAUUUGCGGAGCUGCACAAACCUAAACGUACGCUAUCGAAGAUAAACUUAACGUCGAUGCAGGUAAGCAUGUUUUAGCUAUGUUUUUAAACUAGGAAUUAUUUAGUUAUUUCCUCGAUCUGCUUAAUUCUUCAUACUACUCAGCCUCAUUCAUUGAUUGCUAAUUAAUAUAUACACUAAGAUCAAGUUCAAAACCUAAGGUGGUAUUUCACAGUUACAUUACACUCAAAAUCGGCAGUGACGCAAAGCCAAAGGAGUAAAAAUAUAGAAACUCAUACGGUAGUGGGGAAAAGUGCCCAAUUCUUUUUCAAAUGUUGUGCAAUUAAAAGAAGAAUAGAAUUUUAAAUGCUUUAUCAAAAAUACGCAACCGAUUGAAUUGUACUUAGUUAAAAUGAUGAGUACGCUUAAACAGUUUACCAUCUAUUGUGCACGCGCGUUUAAAAUUUUUCGCUAUUUGUUCUGAGUUUACUUAAAACCUACAAUAAACAUCAAAAGUGUUGAGAAGGCUGCUACUUUUUACCUCUUUUUCCUUUUAUUCUUUCCCUCCCCUGGCUCAAUGUUGAGAAAAACUUCUUAAUAAAUGUUUGUGCGCGUUUGUAUUCGUACUUGUGACCGUGGAUAUUUUGCAAAAGGAAAGAAAACAUCUUUUUGAAGAUUUAAAUGAACCACUAUUAACUUUUACAACGUUCCAAAAUACUUUUGUCUGGGACUUUUAAGCACUGGCCAUCUUGAGAUGUUUGAUUUUGAUACCGAAAUCAGGGCUAUUUUUUAUUUUUAUCAUUACCCUUAAAAGUUCACUCACACUUUACAAAGUGUCUGUAUUUUUUGGCUGGGGAGAAAACACCUCCAGUGUCCCUAGGCCUGUUCAGUGAAAAUACUUUUUAAAUGGGCGACAUUUGCCUUACAGCCACAGACGCAAAAUUAUUCAAAUUAGACUUGAAUGAAACAAUCUGAAAUCUCAAGAACUUAUGAGUGUCAUCUUAAAAGCUUUAUUCCUCACUUCAAAAGACCACUUUCGAGUUUCGAAAACCUUCGUUUUCAAAAUGAGGCACUUGACCUCAUUUUGACAGAGAGGCCAGGGGGAACUCGGAAAUGGUCCAUCAAUAUUUUAAGAAAUUCUCCUUGAGUUAAAAUACUUGCAAAGAUCCUUCUUUUUAAAUGUUCAUGGAAGAUACCAUCAAUCUUUUUCAUCAUCUAUUUAACAAAUAGAUUCUAUGUUCAGUAAUAGAUCACAGAAGACUUCAAAAUGUGGUAAAAACAUCAGUGACAUACUCGCCUGCGGCUCGUGUGCCACUUCUUUGUUUUUACCACAUUUUGACGUCUUCUGUGAUCUAUUAUUGAACAGACGCAUGGCAACGUGGAAUCUAUUUGUUUUAUACAAUGAUCAGAAAAGAAAAAAGACCGAUGACGUACCUGCCUCGUACCGCUUGACUGUUCGAAGAUCUGUGCUAGUUUAGGCAUUUUUUAAGUCCCAAACUCUAUAUUUCGUCUCUGCUUCUUCUUUUUUUCUUUAUCUUACUUGUAUACAGCUUCUUCGAAAAGUUUUUCAACGUCUUUUCUUGCUUAAAGCAGAAUAAUGGGGAAAAUAUUUUGCAAAACAGCGAGUCUCUCGUAGACAGGACACACGAUGGCAACUGUUGUGAAGAUUUCUUGUAGUUUAGGCAUUCUUAAGUUGUAAAGAGCUCUUUUUCUCUCCUUUUCUCCAUUUUUCUUCUUUGUAAAUACGUUAGCUAUUGCUAAGUUUUUUUCGAGGCUUUCACUUGCUUUAAUCCGAAAUAAUCUCACAAACAUUUUCAAAACCGGGCGCUAUGUUGAACAAAACAAGGAAAACAAGUUUCCAGUGACGUCAUCCAUGUAUCUGUACUCCAAUAGAUCAUGGAUAACGACCAAUCACAGCGCGUGUAGCAUUCACAUCAUUGUAUAAUUGUGUUUCGGAGGCUUAUUAUUAUCACAGUCACUUUUAAGUGAUCGUAGUUAUCUGCUUCCCGUCCAUUGAACGAAUCGUUUCAUAAUAUAAAGAGAAUGGAACUUAAUACCCUAUGAAAUUCGGAAGUCCAAUACCAUCUCCAGUUUUAAAAGAUCACUUAAGACGUACUUGUUUACUAAAUUCAGUAAUAACGGAUCAUUGUUUUUAUAGAUUUGUAUAUAUUGCGUUGGUUUUAAUUUUUUCCCUUUUUUUAUCAUUAUGAAUAUGGUUUAAUCGUUGUUUAAGUUUUAUUUUUUUUCCUUUUUUAGCCAUUGUAAAUAUAUUAGGAUAUGGUUGUAAAUUUGUAAAUAUUUUUCAAUAAUGUUGUUUACAUGACUGUAAAGCGCCUUGAACAUAGGAUAAGAGCGCUAUAGAAAUAAAGUUAUUAUUAUUAUUAUUAUUAUUAUUAUUAUUAUUAUUAUAAAAAAUAUAUCCGCUACAGUUAUUUCUAACCACUUCAAAAAUUCAUUGAUAUUUCGGUUUCGAUCAGUCGGCAUAUUGUCCAAUUAACUUCACGGCUUUCGCGGAUUUGAUUACGUGUAAGGACCUUUAUUGUAAACAAUAAGACUCAGCAAACUGGAACGCUGAACAGUAAAUGAUUUAAGGGCCACUUUCCAGCUCAACUACGAUAAUAGACCAUAAUAACUACUAUGACCAGAAUCCUUCCGGAGUCUUGCUUUCUUUUGCAAAUUUGAGCUUUUGUUAUUUAAAACUCGCUGGGAUUUCCAAAUUUAAACAUGAAAGGAAAAGUAAAAAGUAUUCUGGUCGUAGUAGUAAAAAGACGCGAUCGUGCAGAUGGCCUAUUUGCGGCGAGUUUAGCAUCGGUGCCAUUAGUCUACAAUCCCAGAAAUUCCAACAUAUUCAGCAGUCUUGUUUUCGGUUUCCACCGUUAUGUUUUCGAACUUGAAAACAUAGUUUUAGAAGCGUGCAAUGUAUCAUGGCUGCGGGUGACUCGUGAAAAGAUAAAUAUCUACCGACUAAAGGAAAAAAUGUUCAUCCAAAACGAGCAAAAAACAGACCACUCGUCAAAACUUAUCCUAAAAUGAAAUCAGUCCAUUAUAAUCAAGGCACAUGUUGUACGUACAUCCCUACCGUUUAAAGAAUUAAUUAGCAAUAUGCUUCACAAACAAUUAAGUUCACUUGUGACCACAUUGCUAUUCCGGUACAGAUAAAAUGCCCACUUUUAAUUUAUGCGACCUUGCAAUCGCGUUCGAAUUUUUAACCAGUGAUAUUGAAUAUACUGGUCUUGGCCGAAAGUGAAAUCCCCUAGUAUCUUGUUAAAUGCCGCCUAAAUCUAUUUUUUUAAAUUUUUUUUUGAUUUUUUUGGAUUUUAAAGAAGCUGGGAAAAUAACCGAUACAAAUAGAACCAAAAGGCCGUUUACGGCUCUCUAUUUUUCGUGUGUGCGUUUCUUAAAGUCAAGUUCACCGUUGUGUGAUAUUAUUAGAAUUGCUGGUUUUCAGUGUCACGCCAAUCAAAAUAGAUCAAAUUAAAUAAAAAUCAAAACCUUUUAACCCUCGGACGUACAAGGAAGGGUGGGGGAUGCCACCCUCCAACCUCGUCCCGAGGGCGCGUUUCCUAGCUACCACUUCCAAAGCCGGGGAAAAGCGCCCUGGGUCGACGAGGUUGGCCACCCACAAUAAGGUUUUUCUGAGUUUUUUCCUAGAGGAUAAAACAUCAGUACCUGACGUUUUCAGUAAAUGUUCAUUCAUCCCUCGCGCACAUUGUGAGACAAGUUUAGUGACGGUCAGUUGCUAUGGUUACGAGUAAUGACGUCAUAAGUGGCAGGUGGUCAAACCAAUUUUGGGAGAAAAUACAUGUUUUUUUAACUUCUUUCAGCAAUAAAAGUAAAUCUUUGAUCCUGUGGCUAAAAUCAUGCAAAGUGCUUAUUUAUAUGUUAUUUUUCAUGUAAAGCACAAAAAAUACCAUUUCUUGAAGUUUGAACCUGAUUUCUAAUUCUUGGUAAAAUCCAAGAUGGCGGCCAAGAUGGCAACCAUUGUUGGUGACGUCACAGGCCUAUAGCAGCGCCACCACCCCUAAGAUAUACCUCAUCUUGUUAAGAAGAUCAAAAGCUUUCCGCUAAAGGUAAAAUCGUUUCAAAAUACUGCAACAUAUCAAAAACUCCGAGGAGGGGUUCCAUCUUCCCCCCACCUCUUGUACCAUGGUGUGGGGUAUGAAUUUGCCUGUACUCCCGAGGGUUAACAAAUAAAGUCCAAAAUCUGGGAAAUGAAAGGAGGUAAAUAUACAAGGACCCUCGCCAAGAUUGCCAGAAGAGAUAUCUGAAGAAAUGUUUUACCCAAAUAUAUAGAGAUUUGUAUGGAGACGCCAUGCUGGUGCCCACCUGGAUGGGCACCAACAUGGCGGACGGAAACCAACAGAAACAUAUGCUACCCAGUUGGUCUUGUUUAGAUAGGAGAAUUCCUCGAAAUACGUCACUUUUUAACCUACAUGACAGCACUCUCGGCAUCUUGAAAAUGCUGCGUUGGAAAUUUAGUUUUUAGCUGCUCUAACACAUCAUAAAGAAGUAAAAUCUCAGUAGGAUCAAUAGUUUUGUAGUUUGAAUUUUAGUGACGUCAUGUGAAAAAGCAAUAAAUAAAGAAGUGCAAACUUUACUAAAAAACAAAAAGUGGUGUUAAUUUAUUGAUGGACAGUCAAGUCAUGUCAAGUUAAUUUUUCAUUUAAACUCACUCAAAAUAUUAAUUAAUACAAAUCAGUGCUUUUAAAUAUAAUAACAAUAGAAAAAAGAUUGUGGGGGAAAAAAAAAAUUUCAAUUUUAGGUUCAUUGUGCAGAGUUUGAGACACCUAAAUAGUUCGUAGCUUAGAACUAAUCGAGUAGGUGACCCAAAACAAGAAUACGAGUGGAAGGGAUAUCGACAAAACAGUUAUUUUAGGUAAAAUGCAUUACUUCAUUAAUUAAAUAGUAGUUAAAGAAAAUAUAAUCAUAAAACUUUAGGAAUUAAUAACAGUCUAUAGCCAUCAAUCAUAGAAGGGAAAACGGCUUGAUUUUCUUAACAUCCGAUCGAUAGAUCUAGAUAACGAAUUCCAAAAGUUGGUACUAUAUAUUUUAACAGAGAGAACGUAACGAAGCCGUAUUGAGUGGUAUGAACCGAUUUAACAAACAGAUUAUCAUUCUGUGAUUGACGUGUAUAAUAGGAAUGAAUGGAAGAUACUGGUUUAAAAUGAUCAACAAAACAAGAAGGGCUUAAGACUGAAACUUUGGUAACAAGAACCAACGAAGGCGCUUCUACUUGGCACCCUAAUACUAGGUGAUGUCACAGCUCGAUUGUCGCUAUAAUAGUUAUCAUUAUUAUUCAUUCAAAAUAUUUCCCCGAUUCUGAUUGGCUAAAAGCACACGCAUAAUUCACCAUAACCAGCUACUGAUGAACAAAUUUGGAAGAAUUUUGACAUCAAGAAUGCAUCUUUCUUGCGGGUUAAUGCACCGUUAACCGAGAAGACCUGGGGACGAGGUUGAGUUGUUUUGGUUGUGAAAACAAAAAUGGCGGACAUUUCACUUGUUUCAAGGGGGUAACAACUAGGCGAGAUAAUAGUUAAACACAUGGCAAGAACAGCAAGAAGACAACUCGAAGAGCUGCUAUUUGGAGAAUAUUUGCGGAGCUGAACAACCCUAAACGUGCACUAUCGAAGAUGAACUUAACAUCGAUGAAUCGAUGGCGGUAAGCAUGUUUUAGCCAUGUUUUUAAACUAGGAAUUAUUUUGAAUGAAUAAUAAAACAAUUAUUGAAUUCGUAUCAUAUGAAGAAUUAUGGAGAUCUUGGAGGGUGUUAUCCGCCUCGAUCUCCAUAAUUCUUCAUAAGAUACUCAGCCUCAUUCAUUAAUUGUUAAAUAUUAAAAGAAUGAAGGUCAAUUAGCAUUUUUUGCCUCAUGAAUAAUCUCCACCAUGGUAAAAUAAAAGAUAAUCUUCAGCAUUGCACGUUGGCAGACAAAGAUUAUUAUUAUAGCGAUAAUUGAGCUGUGACGUGGAGCUGUGCCAGAUUUUUCGUCUCAUCCGAAACUGUCGAGCUACCCAGAUGGGUUCUACUAAAUGUUUAAGGAAAUAGAGUAGCUGUUACUGUAAAAGUUAGAAAACCGUGAACACCUAAAUAAUUUCAGGAAUGCUGGCCAGUCACAAUAAAGUUCAGGUACGCAAGCAAAACUCAAAACCACAAACUUAUUACCGUUGCAGCUGUUUGCGGUUUAGUUAUUAUCUCGCGCGUUAUUGGCUGAUUUCUCGCAACACAAUAACAUUCCAUAAACAUUUCUGGUAUUCACGGUUUUGUGCGUUUCACAGUAAUCAUUAGAAGAUUCUAGGGAAAGCUUUGUUUUUAUAGCGAAAUUUUCAUAUCAUUCUUCCAGCCAGACUCGCAAUAUCUUGGUAAUAAAAUGUGAAAAAUGAAAAGGUUAUCAAGAAUGUUUUACCCUUCUUGAGCUUAAGAAAACAGAGCUGAAAUACGUUGGGUGCCCCUGCUUUUGAAUCUGCAAAUUUCAAACUUAAAGUCUUUAAUUAAUACCUGUGAAGGAAAACAAGCGAGCAAAGAAACCGUGAGAACGGAUGUAACUAGAACAGCGGGCAGGGAACAGAAAACAAGCACGGGAAACUGGAAAAUGGGAAUAAAACUUAACUAAACCCUAGUCCUAUUAGUAAUUUUUUCCCGGGCUUUUUCCCCGUUUACCCUUUUUACAUACAUACAAUAGACUAGACUUGCUACAAGUCGACCACUCAUAAGUUCUUAAAAGUGAGCGAAGCGAGCUUCAAUGCAUGAGGUCGCCCAACGACCGAGCGAGGGACGAAGCCUCGAGGUUUAAAAUGGAAUAACCAACCAGGAAAAAAGGACUUUUAGAAAGUUUAAGAGACUGACCGUGUGCUCUAGAUAAUAUGAAAUUCUCCUGUCAUUGGCGAGAUUAUCUAAAAUAUAUUUUGAAGGGUCACUAUGAAACAAAUGUGUCUCAUUAGCACAUUCUCUCUUAAGUAUACCUACCUUCGCAUGAACCUCUGAACUGGCGAAAAAAUUCGGCGAGGACUACCGAAAAGAGAGCUGGUAAAAAAGCACCAACAAACUUGCCAAUAACUAGCGGAAAGAGUUUCCAGGGAACAGGCAAAUGUUAGUUGUUUGCAAACUUUUACCUUUUUUUAGAAACUAUGCAACCACUUGAAUUAUUAUUAUAAUUGGCUCGUAGGGACAAAGCCUUGCCAUAAUCCAAGACACUUCCGAGAACUCAAAAUCACUUUCCAGAAUCCAAAACACUUUCCAGAAUCCAAAACACUUCCCAGAAUCCAAGAACACAUGGUUCUGGGAAGUGUUUUCGAUUCUGGGAUUCUGGCACAUAUUUUUGGAUUCUGGGAAGUACUUUGGAUUCUGGAAAGUUUUUUCACGAUGGGCCCAAAAGCCAUUCCUCAAAUGUCUUAUUAAGGCUAAAUUUACGUAUCUUUUACAUUUCUUUUCAUUUCUUGACAAAGCUUGCCAGAUAGACUACGAUUGUUGACCAAGUGAUAUUACGUUUUUGUUUGACGCGAAAUACCAAUGGGUUAAAUGCAGUUUUUAAUUUCAAAGUUAAACUUGUAUCAUCUGAAAGAGCUUUAGGAGAGAAGUAAAACAGCGAAAACCUUUUCUGCCUACGACACGUAAAACACGAGUUAUGGGACUUCAAAGAAAUUUGAGUACACUCCCGGAACCAUUGAUACUUUUCCUCAAAAAACGAUCCGUAUGAUAUAGUUUUUCACAGUUUUUUACAAAAUAAGCUGAUUUUCCGGUAACACAAACUUUUUAUAGUUGGCCAAAAUCGUAUCAUUGUAGAUUUUCGUUUUUUGACUCAAAAACACUAAUUUAAGCAAAAAAAAAAAAUGAUCACGUGACAUUUUAUGACGUCACAAAACUGUUUUCCAGGUUUUUGCGCAGUUGGGAAAAUCUUUUUUCAAACGUCUCUUUUCCCUUUAGAUUUCGACAGUAAAGAUGUGUUAUGUGUAACUUAAAUAGCCAGAGCGACUUGACAUUAAAACUCUUAAAUUUAGACUUAUUUUACAAGGGGGGACCCCGUUUUUGUGCUACGAACUUAUCCAAAUUUAAAAUGUCAUCUCUCAGCUCAUAUUUGAGAUAUUGGAGAGAUUUUUUCAGUUUUCAACUUCCCUUAAAUAUUUCUAUCAAAAACGGUAUAAAAAUUUGGAGUUGAAGGAUGUCAGCAAAUGUGACGAGAAAAUUAAAUUUGUCCUUACGAACCACAGUAGUUCAUGCAGUUUCGACACCAAAACUUAUGUUUACUUGAGGCCAUAAGGGGAAUAAUACAAAAUCAUGCAGUUGAUUAUGGUAAAGUAGAACUUUGGCUUGCUGACAUGCGACUAUGUUGGCUAUUUUCUCGACUCAAAUUAAGUUUACGUUUAAUGAAAAUGACAACAAUAUGCUGUUUUUGUGCCCGAAUUCUGAUGUAAGUUAUAUAUGCCAGCAAUAACAUUUGAUUAGAUCGGUCAUUAUCGUUUAGUCCUGACUACUCACGUAUACUGAAGUAUACUGAGUUGAUUUCAGAAACGCGUGACCGAACAGAUACAAAUUUUAUACCGCUGCUUAGAAUGCAUUUUAGAGAUCUAACGGUACUGUGAAUAGCCUAAUAUAUAGAUUUAGCCAGGGCUAAAAGUGACGCUCUCGUGAACAAGGUACUUAUUAACAAAAACUGAUGAAAUCGUGUAAUGCUUAACGACGACGGCAAUGAGAACGACAACAAAAUCAACAGAUCUAAUUAGCAAAAAACAAAUUUGCACCUGUAGCGCACAUUUUUGAACAUUUCCUUGCCGUUGUUUUGCACGACUGACACAUCAGUCAAUUCCAGUUGUGCCUAGCAUCCUCCCCCCUCCCCCCUGGCUACUGCGGGGCUGUUGCCCACCUUGUCAGUCCCGGGGGUGGGACAUUGCAAAUUUUGCGCUGCCCGGAGGCCGGGCAUUUGCAAACAGAGCUUUUGACAAGCUCGUGGUUUCCUAUCAGAAUAUAACUACACAGAAGAUUUUAUUGGAAAUACAAGCAGAUUGGCUCAUCUGUCAAUGACGGAAAAUUGCAAAGGCAUGUUCUCGAUUUUAUGCAUUCAACUCUUCAUUGCUCAUCAAGCCAGAAUUACAUGGCAAAAUAGGGAGCUAUACACGUGAAUCAACGUUUCUUUGGUUAUGGCAUCAAUUCUGUUGAUAUUAUUUGAAGAACAUCCUCUCGUAUUUAUAAAACUAUUCGAAACAGAUAACGUUACAGCGCACUUUUGUCUAUUAAAACCAUAAACUAAUUGGAAUAGCGCUACUACAAAGGAAGACGUUAAUCGAAACAAAAAAUCGCACAUUAAAAUGUUUAAAAAGGCACUACUCGACUGUACGAAUAAUAAAAAAUGUUGCAGUGUUGACGGAGGACGGGGUCUCGAUUUGCCCUCUUAGCUUUUUUCAUCCCCACCCCAGAUACAUUAGUCAUAGGCCUAUUUUGAAUCUAUUUAAUACCAUACAAAUAGUUCAGAAACUAAUACAAUACAAUACAAAAUUUAAUGACACUCCCUAAAGAAGGCUCUUCAGUGACAAUAAUAAUUAACUUACAAGAUAAUACGUCAAAACUAAGAUUGCUUGAGGUAAGAAAAAAAUGAUAUGAUAUGCUUUUUUUUUUACAUUUUAACCAGCCGGUAAAUCAAUGACUAAGAAGCAAUAUACAAGCACUUAGACGGAACAGUAAACACAACGAUCUGUUGAUGUUCCGGCUUCACACACACAUACACUCUUGAAAAGUAAUACCGCUAAGCAUAGGCAUCACAGCCUCCCAACACUUUUUCUUUGCCUGAAAAAGGGUCUUACUUUUUACUGUUUUAUCCCGUAACCGUCGGUAGCAAUUGAAUGUGCCCCAAGUUUGCCAAAAUGUGCCCAAAAAUAACUAAACAGCUGCUGGAAAGAAUAGUUUCUGGCAUAUGGCCUUUCUUAUACUACCCCCCCGCCCCCCUUUCUUCCUCCAACUCAUGACCGUUAAGGUUAUGGUUCAUGUUUGGAAGGAAACGUAUAGCGGAGGGGGCAUUGCUAUUUAAGGGACAUAAUAAAUAAUUCCUUUUUUUUCUUAAAUAACAUUACAAAGCAAAGUUAAUUUCAAAAUGAAGGUCGAUCAAAUACAAGAUCGCAUUGUAAGUUGAUGAUGAGCUCCCUGUUUUGUCGGUACUACAGUAGCGUUACCAGCAACCUCCAGUGCUCUUGAGGUGGUGGACGUAAUAGGAACCACAGUUCUUUACUUUGAUGUUGGUGGAAAGAGAACAACAGUUUGACCGGUGGAAACACGCUUUCCUUGUAACCUGACCAUAUGCCAGACUAAGGUGCCCGCCCUUUAGCCAGCCGGGUGCGUUUGUGUUACACUUGUAUUUAGGUGAUCAUGACGUUGGUAUUCUUGUCCCGGCCGCACCUUCGAACCUGUACCACGCGGUGUCUAUUGCAAAUCGUUUUACACUCUGUUCCGGUGGUCCAAGAGUCCAAGGAAUUGGUUCCCAGUUAAGCUCCUGCAGGAGCAGCUUGUAUUGCCAGACAGUUAAGCUCUGCAGUACUACUGGAACCGUCGCUAAACCGCAGGCCUUAAAUCCAUAUUGGUUUUCUGAUUCCAGCUAGAAAGCUGCGCCAUUGCCAUUUCUGGAUUCUUAACUGAG